AUGGGGAAAUUCACUACUUUCAUGUCGUUGUUCACAAAGGUCCUAAAGCCUUCGAAAAGAGUGCUAAGAGAGACUACGAGGACGGCCCUCCCGGUCGUGCAGACGAUUACCGCCACUCGUCAACUACAAACCCAAGGCCGCAUGGGGAAGACGGUCGUCAACGCGGCAGGAGAAAUCAAAGAGGCCAUAAAUGGUCUUAGUGUCAUCAAAUCGACGCCUGAAGUUCAAAUGAUGUGCGACUCGUGUUGCUCCAUUGGCAGGGCCACGAAAUACUUUGAGAGACUCGCGGAGAAAUUCGGUCCCGUCGCCGGCCUAUAUCUCAUUUAUCAGGGUGUCCAGGCCCUGGAAAUGAUUGGGGCGAGCCUAAAAGACAUCGCGUCUACGUUGGGCGCGCAGACAGCUCUGAAGGCGCACAAGGACUUCUCUCGAUAUGUCUACCAGAUGUUGCAACAACGGAUCGGGCAGACUGCUCAUGACUUGGAUCGUGAUCACUGGUUUUUCGUUUAUCAUCCGGAUAAUGACUGGUAUCCCGACUUUUAUGAACGAAUCCAACGAAAACCUAUCAGCCCCAGGUUCAUUGCACACACGCACCAGCUCGAUACUGUUUUCAUCUUGAUGCUAGCUGCUAGGAUGCUGCUUCGACGCAGAGCAAAUUCAGGUCAAGAUCAGGGCAACCGAACUCGGAACGUCGCUUUUCAUCUCUUGAUCCCAGCAUACCGACCGAUGUUCCUGGCCGAACCCGUCAAGAUCCCCGAAGACAUCGGAGAUUUCGUCAUUGAGGGCCGAAUUCAUCAUGGAGACAAAUUGGUGCAUAUCAAUCUACCCGAGGAAGAUAUUGGUUAUGUCAAUUGUAUCGAAUUGCGUUCGCCCAAUGUAGGGUGGUUCGACUGGGCCCUGUCGACGCUCGGCUGGGCAGAAGAGCCGCGUCGCAGAUCUAGAAUCUCAGUUGUGUCAUCUCCUGACGGCGGCAAGACUUGGGAUUUCGGCACUCUCAACAUUCCGGCGCAGAAGGCCGAAGAAUGGCUGGACAUUUAG